CCCGGGAGCAAGAGCCAUGUCCCCCCGGCCCGCGGCAGACAGCGGGGAGGAAGAAGAGGAGGAGGAGGAGGAGAGCCCAAGGGGCUGGACUAGCGGGGUCCCCCCGGGCCUCGGCGGCCGCCCCUCCGCGAUACUCCUGCUCUGCUGUCUGAACUUUGUGCCAACCUUGGGUAGGGAAACACUCCUGACUACAUCACUGAUCCCAGAAGCCAAGCCAAGUGUGACUUAUAAAGAUUUCAUUCAUGUCAUUGUUAUUGAAGGAAAUGUUCAAAAUGUUUCUGAAGUUUCAGUUCAGUAUUUAUGUUCUCAGCCUUGUGUGGUCAAUUUUGAAGCCAUUGUGUCAUCUGAAUUCAGAAGCAGCAUUCCAGUGUAUAAGAAGAGAUGGAUGAAUGAGAAACAUCUUCAUACUAGGAGAAUUAAAAUGGUGCAUGUGAAAUUCCCAAGCAUCAUGGUUUAUAGAGAUGAUUAUUUCAUCAGACACUCCAUUGCAGUCUCUGCUGUGAUACUGCAUGCCUGGAUCACUCACAAGCACAAUGGAGAUCUGAGUGCAAGAUGGGAAGAAAACUUCUUACAUGCUAUAACAAAGAACUUCACUUUGUUGAAAUCAGUUCCACCUUUUGAACGCCCUUUCAAAGAUCAUCAAGUAUGUCUUGAGUGGAACAUGAACUACAUAUGGAACCUGCAGGCAAACAAGAUACCCCAAUGCCCUCUUGAAAAUGAUGUGGUCAAUAUUCUCAGCUUUCCCUAUGCAUCUAGUGGAGAAAACACGGGAAUUGUGAAAAAGUUCCAGAGGUUUCAGAACAGAGAGCUUGAGGCAACCAGACGCCAGCGUAUUGAUUACCCAAUGUUUACCAUUUCAGUAUGGCUUUAUUUACUCCAUUAUUGCAAAGCACAUCUCUGUGGGAUUCUGUAUUUCGUUGAUUCAAAUGAAAUGUAUGGCACACCAUCCUUAUUUCUAACUGAAGAGGGUUACCUGCAUAUUCAAAUGCAUCUUGUCAAAGGGGAAGACCUUGCUGUGAAAACCAACUUUAUCCUUCCAUUGCAGAAGUGGUUUCGACUAGAUAUCUCUUUUAAUGGAGGACAGAUCAUAGUAACAGCCAAUAUUGGACAGGAUUUGAAAAGCUAUCACAAUCAGUCAAUUAUUUUUCGAGAGGAUUUCUAUUAUAAUGACACUGAUGGCUACUUUAUUCUUGGAGGGAGCAGGUAUGCUCCUGGGAUUGAAGGGUUCUUUGGCCCCAUGAAAUACUAUCGUCUCAGUGUGAUGGAGACUGAACAGAUCUUCAAUCCUCUCUUCAAAAAACAACUUGCUGAUCAGAUUGAGUUAUACUAUGAAAGAUGUGCCGAGAUUAAAGAAAUUGUGUCUUUAUAUGCCAACAUCAUAUGGCAAGAUAAUGACAAUCCAAGAAUGUGUAACCGCAAGAACUACUAUUUAGACCUUAAUGCUAGGUAUGGAAGAUUGUCAACAUGCCGUUCCUUUCCUUGGGGAAAAGAGCUGAAGGACAGAUACUUAAAUUUGUUCCAGGUUUUGCAGGAAAAGGAUUUAUCGUCUGUGCCAGGAAGCCAAAAUGAUUCAGUGCUAGAAGUUGGUGGGAGGAUAUUUGAGAAGGCUGUAAAGAGACUCUCCGGCAUUGACGGUCUACAUCAAAUUAGCUCCAUUAUUCCCUCCCUGAUGGAUUCCAGCUGCUGUGGAUACCAUAAAGCAUCCUACUUCCUUGCAGUCUUUUAUGAAACUGGACUAAAUGUGCCUAUAGAUCACCUACAGGGCAUGCUGUAUAGCUUGGUCGGUGCCCAGGGGAGUGAGAGGCUGUCUGCAAUGAAUCUGGGGUACAAACAUUACCAGGGUAUUGAUGAUUACCCACUAGACUGGGAACUGUCAUACGCCUAUUACAGCAACAUUGCCACGAAGACCCCUCUCGAUCAGCACACUCUGCAAGGAGAUCAGGCAUAUGUAGAAACAAUAAGACUGAAGGAUGAUGAGAUGCUAAAGGUCCAAACUAAAGAAGAUGGUGAUGUCUUCAUGUGGCUGAAACAUGAAGCAACAAGAGGCAACGCAGCAGCCCAGCAACGGUUGGCACAGAUGCUGUUCUGGGGACAACAAGGCGUGGCUAAAAAUCCUGAAGCUGCAAUAGAGUGGUAUGCAAAGGGUGCUUUGGAGACUGAAGACCCAGCAUUAAUAUAUGAUUAUGCCAUUGUAUUAUUCAAGGGUCAAGGAGUUCAGAAGAAUAGAAGGCUUGCUUUAGAACUGAUGAAAAAAGCUGCUGCCAAGGGGUUACAUCAGGCAGUGAAUGGCCUAGGAUGGUAUUACCACAAAUUUAGGAAAAACUAUGUCAAAGCAGCAAAAUACUGGCUAAAAGCAGAAGAAAUGGGGAACCCAGAUGCCUCGUACAAUCUUGGAGUUCUCUAUCUAGAUGGCAUUUUCCCAGGAGUUACUGGAAGGAACCAAACAUUAGCUGGUGAAUAUUUCCAUAAGGCUGCACAAGGAGGACACAUCGAAGGAACCUUGUGGUGUUCCCUAUACUAUAUGACAGGCAAUUUGGAGACUUUUCCUAGAGACCCUGAGAAAGCUGUUGUUUGGGCAAAACAUGUUGCAGAAAAGAAUGGCUAUUUGGGUCAUGUUAUUCGGAAAGCUCUCAAUGCCUACCUGGACAUGUCAUGGCAUGAAGCACUGCUGUAUUCUGUCUUAGCAGCAGAAACUGGGAUUGAAGUGUCACAAACAAAUUUAGCCCAUAUCUGUGAGGAGAGACCAGAACUGGCCAGAAGAUACUUGGGCGUUAACUGUGUUUGGAGAUAUUAUAAUUUCUCUGUUUUCCAAAUCGAUGCCCCUGCAUUUGCUUAUUUGAAGAUGGGAGACCUCUACUACUAUGGCCACCAGAAUCAGUCGAAAGAUCUUGAGUUGUCUAUGCAGAUGUAUGCCCAGGCUGCUCUGGAUGGAGACUCACAGGGAUUUUUUAACCUGGCCCUUCUAAUUGAAGAGGGAGCUACUAUCCCAUACCACAUUUUGGAAUACCUGGAGAUUGAUCAAACACUCCAUUCUAAUAACAUCUCAAUCCUUCAGGAACUCUAUGAAAGGUGCUGGAGCCAUAGUAAUGAAGAUUCGCUCAGUCCUUGUUCAUUAGCUUUGUUUUAUUUUUAUUUUCGGAUUGUCUGUAAUGGAAUUUUUCAUUCCACCCCGAUCUACUUUCUGGGAACCUUUCUGGUAUCCAUAUUGAUCGCAUUGGCAGUCCAGUAUUUUCAAUCAGUCUCAGCCAAUGGUCCUCCCGCAUCUGUUUCACAGCUCUCUUCAGAAAUUGCCCCUUCCAUUGCAAAUCCAGCUGUUGGCUCCUUGGAACAAGAAGAGGCCAUUCCUGCAAAUAAUUUAGAGCAGCGAGGGUGAAUUGCUGACUCUCCAUAUUUCCCCAGAUGAGAGAUGGAGCCUUUGGACCAUGGGUAUUUGACAGAAGACAUUAGGAAUGCUGCAGCCAGGGAAUUAUAAUGCUAAAACCUUCAACAUGUUUUGACUACUAGAAGUUAAUAGUGCACUUGAGUAAAUAUCUAUAUCUAUAUGAUACUUAUAUUUAUGCAAAUAAAUAUAAACAUAUAUUAAA